CUUCCCAUAAUUCCGCGCGCAUCACGGAUGUUUUUCGUUCACCGGACGCACGUUUCUGCUCUCGAGCUCUGUUUCGCUGACAUUGAAACCGUAAACCGGCUGAGAUCACAGGAACGCGAGCUCUCAACGCGCCGUCUUGUCUGUUAACGGAACCCGUUGUCGUCACCUUCGCGAUGUUCCUGUCGUCGGUCCCGGCGCGCGUCCUGAUGCGGAGGUCGCGCAGUCUGUCGCCGCACCGCGCGCUGCAGACCGGUCACGGCGAGGCCUCGCGCUUCCGUAACCUCUGCGAGCUCGAACCGAACCGGAGCCCGGUGCUCAGCGGGUCGCGGGCGUCCAGGAGGAGCGUCGCGAGCGAGGAGCCGCGCGUGCAGUACCACCAGCUGGCCGGCAGGUGGCGCGCGAGCCUGGAGAACCGGCGGAGCAGCUGGGCGAGUCUGACCGCCGCGGGGCGCUGUGGAGGCGGACACCGGAGCCGCUCAGAGUCCGCUGCUGCUGCCGGGGCCCGGGGCGUCGCGGGCGUCAUCUCCGCCGCGGCGCUCGCCUUCUGCUUGAAGAAGGACGGCGAUGAUAAAGCUGAAGCUCUUCUAGAUGCUGUUAGAUCCAGUAACGGAGAGGAGGUGAUCAGGUUGUUGGCGCAGGGAGCUGAUCCGAACACUCGACACCGCUUGGGCUGGACGGCUCUCAUGGUGUCUGCUAUGAACAGACAGCACAAUGUGGUGAAGGUUCUUCUGGAGGCCGGAGCCGAUCCAAACCUGGGAGACGACUUCAACAGUGUUUACGAGACGGCUCGAGAGAAGGGCGUUCACUCCUUAGAGGUGCUGGUGAGCCGUGAGGAUGAGUUCAGCAGUCGUCUCAGCAGCCGCGCUUCUUUCAGAGGCUGUUCUGCUCUGCACUACGCCGCUCUGGCUGAUGACCUGAGGAGUGUGAAGAUGCUGCUGGACGCAGGUGCCAACCCCUUACAGAAGAACGAGCUGGGCCACACGCCGCUGACGUACGCCAAAGAAGGAGAGAUGGCCGUGCUGCUCAAAGACGCCCAGAACACGUUUGCGGAGGCGCAGCAGAAGCGCGAGGCGGAGGAGAGGAGGAAGUUUCCUCUGGAGCGCAGACUGAAGGAGCACAUCAUUGGACAAGAAGGAGCCAUCAAUACAGUUGCAUCAGCUAUUAGGAGGAAGGAGAACGGCUGGUACGACGAAGAACAUCCCCUCGUCUUCCUCUUCCUGGGCUCAUCGGGAAUCGGUAAAACUGAGCUGGCCAAGCAGGUGGCGAGGUACAUGCACAAAGACAUUAAGAAGGGUUUCAUCCGCAUGGACAUGUCUGAAUUUCAAGAGAAACACGAGGUGGCGAAGUUCAUCGGUUCUCCUCCAGGAUACGUGGGUCACGAAGAAGGCGGUCAGCUGACCAAACAGCUCAAACAGUGUCCAAACGCCGUGGUCCUGUUCGACGAGGUGGAUAAAGCUCAUCCAGAUGUGCUGACUAUCAUGUUACAGCUCUUUGACGAGGGUCGGCUGACUGAUGGGAAGGGGAAGACGAUCGAGUGUAAAGAUGCCAUCUUCAUCAUGACGUCUAAUGCGGCUAGUGAUGAAAUUGCCCAGCAUGCACUGCAGCUGAGACAGGAAGCUCAGGAGCAGAGCCGCCGGCGUCUGGCGGAGAAUCUGGAGGACGUCCAGAAGAGCGAGAAGAUCACCAUCUCCAACACCUUCAAGGAGCAGGUGAUCCGGCCCAUCCUGAAGGCUCAUUUCCGACGGGACGAGUUUCUGGGGAGGAUCAACGAGAUCGUGUACUUCCUGCCGUUCUGUCAGUCUGAGCUCAUUCAGCUGGUCAGCAAAGAACUCAACUACUGGGCCAAGAAGGCCAAGCAGAGGCACAACAUCACUCUUCUGUGGGAGCGUCCGGUGCUGGAUCUUCUGACCCGAGGAUAUAACCUUCAUUACGGAGCGCGCUCCAUCAAACACGAGGUGGAGAGGCGGGUGGUGAAUCAGCUGGCCGCUGCGUUCGAGCAGGAUCUUCUUCCGAGGGGCUGUACUCUGCGUCUGAUCGUGGACGGAGCUCAGGAGAAGGAUGGAGGUCCAGCUCUGCGUCUGGAGGUUCUGGGUGAGGACAGCUCUGCUCGGAAACUGGACAUCCAGCCGCCGCUGACCCCUGAGGACGUGACACACACACACCGACAUCACUGACGCUCACACACACACACACACACACACACAUCAGGUUAUCGGCAGAGACAUAAAAAUGAGGUACGCAGACGUACUCCAAACAUUAAUAACACACAUAAAUCACAGAAGCUUUAUGAUGUUUGUAAUAAUGUAGAUGCAGAAGUUAAAGUAUAUAAGAGAGUCACAUUCAUCACGUGCUUCACGUUAAAACACACUUUUCUGAGAUUUGGAGUUUAUAGAUAAUAUGUGAUCUACGUGGAGAUGUGUUUCUGUGCUUAUUGUUAAUGAAUUAUCAGCUUUAUUCCAAAGAAAAACAAUAAGACGUUUAAUUUGUUAACAUUGCUUAAUUAUAUAGGUAACAAGAACUAACAAUUACAUUUUUUCCCUAAAUAUUAUUAUUAUAUUAUUUAUUAGAUUUAAGAAAAUGAUAUAUAUUAGUGCUGUCAAACGACAAUUAAUCACACCCAAAAUAAAAGUUUUUGUUUACAUUAAA